AUGGAUAUGACCCGCGAGAACAGCCCAGAAAUGACGACGAGGGAAGAUCAACAAGAUCCCGUAUCGCUUACAGAACCAAUGGGAUCUUUGUACGAAGUAACAAGGCUUCGAAAUAUACGCAGCAACCAAUCGAAGACCUACAGAUCUGAAACACGAGAUGAGAGCGAGCCAAGUGACUUCAUUAGCAGAGGUCUAUUAAGCGAGUCCGAAGCGUAUGAGCUGUACAAAAUUUUUCAUGCAUCUCUAAACCAUUACUUGUGGGUAGGGCUUGAGGAGAUUCACGCAGAUUUCGCAUCGGUGCGCAGAUCGAGUCCGCUUCUUACAGCCACUAUUCUUACUGUGACGGCAUUGCAUGUCCCGACAAGUACAGAGACAUUUGAUAAAUGCUACAAAGAAUUCCUUGAGUUAGUUUCCUCGAGUAUGUUCUCACGAUAUCAUGCCAUAGACGACGUUAGAGCGCUUGUAAUUGCUGCAUUUUGGCUUUCGGAUGUAUCUUGGAAGCUGUCAGGCCAUGCAAUACGUAUAGCUACAGAGCUAAAUAUUCACCAGUCAUUCUACAAAGCGUUGGAAGGAGAUCGCGAGCAUUUUCUAAGAGCUAGGUUAUGGUACAUGCUCUAUGUAUGUGAUCAUCACUUCAGUAUUGCUUACGGACGGCCGCCCAUGAUAAGUGAGAGUCCACAGAUUCGUCAGAUCGACCAAUUCCUACAGAAUCCACAUGCCAAUGCCCUUGAUGAGCGUAUUCUUUCUCAAGUAGCACUCAUGCAUAUCCUAACAAGAGUUCACGAUAGCUUUGCUGAGCGCAGAUUGCCACAGCAACAUGAUGCUAGUAGAGCUUUGCUAUCAGAAGAGGAUUUUCCACUAAUGAGGAGUUUCAAUCUCGAGAUUGAUCAAUGGAGAAUCAAAUGGCACUCCAUGCAAAGGAAUAACACAUACAUUGGAACUUUUCCUCCCAAAGGCAUUCUUCUCUACUCAUAUUUUGCUAAACUUCAAUUAAACGCAUUUGCGAUCAGAGGUAUCGGGAUUGGACAUGGACGGCUUUCAACGGAACGGAAAGAAUUCGCCAAUAUGGCCAUAUCUGCUGCCGCGAGUAUCUUGACAUUUGUGCUUGAGGAAGAAGAUCUGCGAAGAGCACUUGUUGGUACUCCAUUGCAAGUUAUUUGUCUGGUUCUUAUAUUUAACUUCAACCCACUAACCAGUUUAUAG